ACUCGCCGCGGCAGUCAGCUGACUGGCGGUACGAUAGCGUGUCCGCCCGGCCGGCCGCGCCGCCCGCCCGUCCGUCCGUCCGCCCUGCCGGCCCGACGCGACCGUCGUAGCGUCAGUUCCCGCGCGAGCGUAGCGGUAUGUGGGGUGGUGCCGUGCGGCAGGUGGUCGCGGCCCGGGGCGUGCCCUCGCGGCCCUGUGUGAGAAUGUGCGUGUUCGUGGCCGUGUUGGUAACGCUAUGCGUGGGUGUGAGUCAUGCUCAAACAUCGGUGCCGCCCCCGGGUGUGGGCGAGGUGGUGUAUUCAAAACCCCAACUCAACACCAGUUACCGGGCGUCGACUGAGUUCGACCCGCAGGGCAUGGAGCACCUCUACUACGUCACAAACAUGUUCCUGGACGUGAUCCAGAAGGAUGACGUCGCUGCACUCGACAAGCAGCAGCUGGAGGAGGCGCGCAAGGAGGGCACCCUCAUCGAGACUCUGGUGGAGCUGGGCCUGUACGACUGGCAGGACCUGGUGCACCACCACAUCGGCUACGCGGUGCUGGCCGGCGGCGGCAUCGUGUUGGCCCUGCUGCUGCCCUUCGUGGGCCUGGUAGUGUGCUGCUGCCGCUGCUCGGGCCGCUGCGGGGGCCGGGUACAGAGCUACGACAAGAAAAAGGACGGAUGUCGCCGCUGGUGCCUGGGAAUCAGCCUCUGCAUGAUGGUGCUGGUGAUACUGUUCGGCGUGGUCGCCUCGUUCGUUGUGAACGAGUACGUGGAGCGAGGUGUGACUGAGAUUCCACCGCGACUGCAUGUGGCCGUGGACGACUCCGAGCUGUAUGUCCACAACACCAAACAGGAGGUGAAUCAUCUGUUGAAGAAGAAUUACAUGGAGCUGACAGAGGUGCUGGACCAAUCUUUGGAGGAGUGCGGAGUGCGGAUAGAGCGUCAGCUGGCGGACAUAUCACAGGCAGCAGCCGUGGAUAAUCUCACAGCCAUCGCUGAGGGACUCACUGUUAUAAAGGAUGAACUACAGUCAAUCGGUCGUCAGUCCGUGCUCCUGCAGAACAAAGCGGACCAGCUGCAGGUGGGACUGCAGGACGCCAGGGCAGAGCUGGCGGUCCUCCUGCGCUCCUGCAGUUCGCCGCGCUGCCGCCAGCUGGCAGCACAGUACAACCUCACCCAGCUGGUAGUGCACAAUGAGUUCAAACGGCUACCCGACCUCAGCCGCUGGGCCCGCGAGGUCACUGCCCUCAUCGAGGCCGGCAUUGAGGCUGAGGUGCGACGGGGUCAACUGGCCCUCAACCAGCUGUCGCAGAAAAUUCAGACCGAGGUGGCUGCUGUGGUGCCUGAGGUCCGUCAGGGUGUGAGUCGCGCAGGCAUUCAGCUGCAGGAGGUGGCCAACAACAUCAGCACGGCGCUGGACCAGGUACAGCUGCAGCCGGUGCACACCGUCAUCGACCAGGGCAACCACUACCUGCAGCAGUACGGCACAUUCAGGUACUACAUUUUCGUCAUCAUCUCCGGCCUGGUCUCGCUCAUCGUGUUCUGCAUGGUGAUCGGCCUGUUCUGCGGAAUGUGCGGACGGAGACCGGACAAUGUGUACGGAGACGACACGUGCAACAAGGGCACCGGCGCCAACUUCCUCAUCAGCGGCACGUUCUUUUUCUUCCUGUUCGGGUGGCUGCUGCUGCUACUCAUCACCUGUAUGUUCCUUCUGGGCGGCCUGACCCAGCUGUACCUCUGUGAUGGCCUGGUGGACCCCUCGGCGCCUGGCAGCGGUCUGCCCAUCCUGGAGGCGGUGUACCCCUUGGAGACCGUGUUCCCCGCGCUGGAGAACGCCGGAGAUGUGGCUGAUGUGGUCAGACGCUGCCACCAGAAUCAAUCCAUCUACUCUGUACUGAGACUGGAAUCGCUGUUCAACGUCUCUGAAGUCCGAGGAUACAAGUACCAGAUGGAACUCGACCAGAAACUGGAGGCACUGCGGCAGCAAAUUACGGUGGACACUGCCGUGGAGCUGUUGACGUCACGGGCCCGGGAUCAGCUGGCGCAGCUGGCCCGCUCCGACCUGGACCAGCUCAACUACACGGCCUUCACCGUGGCGCUGGAGGAGGAGAUUACCACGAUCGACAUGAACCCACUGGGAGACGAGCUGGAGCGGGCCAGUCAGGAGCUGCCGUCCUCUGAGCGCAGUGUGGCCACCCGCCUGAGGAACCAGGCCAUCAUCCUGAAGGCACAGCAGAGGGUGGUCGCCGGCAUGGAGGAAAUUGUGCAGGAUAUCAGGAACUCGACGGCCUCACUGCAGGAGCACAUUCUGACGGCCAACGGCAGCCUGCCGGAUGUAGUCAGGAAACUGACAGAGACGGCAGAGGCCGCCGAACGGUACCUGAGGACCAGCGGCCGAGAUCUGGUCGUCAAGCUGGCGGACCAGUUCACUGCCGAGUUCAGUGACCGGCUGGAUGGCUACUCGGAGCGCGUGGAGCGCUCCUUCCACCGGACCCUGGGCAGCUGUGAGCCCAUCAGCACGGUGUAUAACGCCACCACCGUCACACUGUGCAGCAACGUCAUCUACCCGUUCAACGCCUUCUGGGCUGCGAUCGGCUGGUGUCUGCUGCUAUUCAUCCCGUGCGUCAUCCUCAGCCUAGCGCUGACGCCGCUCUACCGAAAGGCAGAGCCCUUCUCAGACGGCCUCAUGGACGCGGACUAUCCGUAUGACGCGUACGGGGACCACGAUAACAUCCCACUGGCUAGUGUGCGCGGCAGCGGCGGCGAGCGGCGUCGGGGCCGGUCCAACGACCUCAGUCGCGGUGGCUACAGUCCCGAGUCGCCCUCCUACUCGGCCAUUCCGCCGCGGGGUCAGCUGUACCCACUGGGUGCCACCGGGGUGCACACGGAGGACACCGAGCCCAAGGCGCCGCCCAUGUGGGAUAUGACGAUGACCGGAGGCCCGCCGGGCUACCCGGACAGCCCUCAGCCCACCCGGGAGCACCCGCCGCCCUACAGCCCCUCGGAGACACCGAUGCUGGGCCACGCCUGAGUGAUCUGAACGGAUCGUAUCACCUCUCGGGAUCUCUAGCGCUGCCGUCGGAUGUAUGUAUAAAGCACCUUCAGUGUCAGGGAGGCACCAGCACACCACAGGCCCAGGGCGACUCUAGCAAAAGUGGGGGGCUGCUGAUCUGACCCUAACUCGACCUGGCGCACGAACCAGCGCUGGGGCGGCGGUGGCGGCCAUUGAUCAAUCAUUGUGUUACGUGUGCGCUUCGCUUCAAGUGUGGCAUCAUGAACAUCAUCUAUCUCAAGCCGUCACCGCCUGGACACGACUUGAGAGACUGAAUUUCAUCGCUCCGCUCAUGCUCAGGUGCCUCGUGCUGAGUGUCUCCCAGGGACUGCAGAGGGUGAAUGAAAGGCAUUGAAGGCUGGAAGGCUGGAUUUGGAACCCGGUCGGCUCGAAGGAAGAGGUCAAAGUGAUGUUUAGAGAACUGGACCAGUACCUUGCCCAGUGACUGUUGUAUCUUGUCUCUCUGUCUCCUCGAGGAAAGGGAGACAAGCUGUGAUAUUGAGUGAUAUGCUCUACCGUUGAACCAGAGACAAAACUGGACGAUUUGACAUCAUAGACGUAUCCAUUGGAUUCCUCUGCACCGGAAUCCGGCGAUCCAAGAGCGAUCUUUGAGCACGGGCGAGGCUUUUUCUUAGCUCAUCGAGCUUCCGUUUGAGAAACUUGGAGAAGGCUUCGCUGAACUACAAUCGUGAUCUGUGAGAGCAUUGAGGGUUAUGUGCCGUCAGAUACAUUUGCAACCGGUUUGGUAGUGUGGGGUUUUUCAUCUGGGUGCUACAGCUUACAUCUUCGUGUUAGAUGUUUUGUUCAAUCAAAACUUGGCCUACCAUGCGUUAGUAUGAUCAUGAUUGCGUGAGGGAGUGAACGAGUGUUUUAAGGAGACGCAAAUGAAUGUGUUUUUAGUGCUUGUCAUUAUCGUCGUACUAUGAUGAGUCUUGACUUGUGGAAUGUUUUGUGCUCCAGUGAACAUGAUAAAGCCGUUUUAUCGCCCAUUGUAUAUAACCGUAGGGUCGAUCGAUCGAUAGUUGACCAUAAUUGUCUCUCCACUUCUAAGCGUGCCUAGAAAUUAGAACUCUGGACUGUAAAUACCCAUAGUGCCAGAUUCAUGUAACAUGCUCGGAAUAUGUACGAACGUCGAAUGCCUCGCGUUUGUGUCUCCAUACUACCAGUGCUGCGCAGAAGGCGUAUUUUUGAUACGUGCCUGUAUAUAUGAAGCGGAAACGGUGUAGCAUAUUGUGUUUAUCAUGAAGUGAGCUCAACACCGUCGAAGUUAUGGCGGAUGAUACACUUUGUUCGGGGGGGGGGGACUGCGAUCGGCACUGUGAUCGUCGGCGUUUACUGCGCAGACAGCGGAAUUCCUGGAAGUCCGGUGCUCGUUGUGACGAUGUGGAAUCGAAACCUCCAAUUGGUGAUUCGUUGGUCGGAGAUGUUAUAUAAAUAAGCGAGUCCGUCAUGAUUUUCACUGGCAUGUGUUUUGUUUCAACUUGCCUUUUGUGACAGACUUCACGAUUGGUGUUUGAUGCAAAUGUGAUGUUUUCAUUGUUUUUAUGACGCUGAUUUUUUUACGGAAAGACGUUGCUUUUAGUUGCAUGGUGUAUUUUUAUGUUUGCAGUAUGAUUGCGAGAAAGUAGCACUAGAAAGGUGGUCGAACUUGUGGGGAUUUCAUGCAAAUGGAUGUUUAUUGAAAUGUAGCCUGUUGGAAGCUGUUUGUUCAUGAUAGGGUGCGAGUUUCCUAGAGGAGCGUUGGACUUCCGUGAUAUUGAGCCACCGCAUCUGACGACGGUAUGCCCGCCUGUGUGUAAAUAAUAUACGGAGCUUUUGCA